AACAAUUACGGCAAAAACUUUUAGUUAACAUGAGAAUCAAUUGUGAAAAUUUAAAAAAAUCAAUUAAGAGAUUAGCAUCGUUAAAUAUCGAGAACAACGGGUUUCAACAAUUUUUGAGGUUAAAUGAAUUUUCAGAAGCAGACUUAGAUAAAAUUUUUCUAUAUCUUGGCGAAAAAUUGCUAGAAAAAAAAUGGACAUCCCAUAUUACAAAUGAAUUCAUGCCAUUCCUUCUUUUAAUAGUUACCAAAGCCAUUCCAUUACAUGCAGAUUUUUCGAGUUUCUUAGAUUACCAAAAGAAAUGUGUAAUAUUGUCGGAACUAGUGCAUCAAAAUUUAAGUGUACUUGAGUAUUCUCUUAAAUUUUUUGUCAACAAACCAGCUCCAUUUAUUUCUAAUGUUAGCGAAAAACAAUAUGAAGAAAAGAGAAAGAAACUUAUUGUAUCAGAAUCAGAUCUUACUGAUAAGGAUAUCAUUAAAUGUUGUUAUAAACUUUUAACUGCUAAUGCUGCCUUUUUCAGAGAUAUUUGGGAUUGGUCACCAUUUUUGGAAAAAUAUUUUAACGAAGGCAACUAUGAUCAACAAAUCUAUUGCAAUAAAAUUGUCGCAAUUUUAACAGACAUGACGGAAUUCCAGUUAUCAGCCUUGAAUUCAAAUAUUCCUCCAGGAUUUUUAGAAGAUUUCGACGAGAUUGAGAAACAAAGAAAUUUUAUGGCCAUUCAAGAAUCUACUUCAAUUACAAAUGUUAGCUCAAUGGAAUAUGAUUGCUCAAAUGAAGUUGUUGUGAAUAUUGAAGAAGUUUUUUUACCUGUCUAUAAUGUAAAAAAUUAUAACUAUUUUAAACUGCUAGGUGAAAAUGAAAUUAUUAAAGUUGAUUCAACAAAAACUAAUUUAAGAAAUAUUGCAAUUGGUAUAUCAUCUGGUAAAACAAUAUGUAUAUCUGGCCCUGUUGGAUGCGGGAAAACAAUCCUUGUUGAGUAUUUAGCUAAAAUAACUGGACAUGUAUAUCCUGCCAAUGCAAAAACUGAUAGUGAAUUUUUACAUGAAAAACAAAUUGAAACGCAUUCGGGAACUACAAACAUUUGUAUUUCAAAUGAAGACGUGAAUUUCUUACGCAACCAUAAAAGAAAAAAUGCAACUGAAUUACUAAACGAAAACAACCUACAUAAGGUAUUAGAAACGCAAGUGCAGUAUCAACACAACUUUAUCAAUAGAAAUGGUUUCCUAAGAAUUCAGUUAGGGGACCAAACUGACAGUAAAAUGCUUCUGGGUCAGUAUCAUUGCACAGAUAUUCCGGGAGAGUUUACAUGGUCCCCAGGAGUAUUAACUCAAGCAGUAAUGAAAGGAAUGUGGAUUCUUUUGGAAGAUAUUGAUCUAGCUACUCAAGACACAUUUACAAUUUUAUCUAAUAUGUUAGAAACUAAAACAUUAAGUGUGCCAGGGUUCAAAGAUGUGAUAAAAAUCGCGCCUGGAUUUCAACUAUUUGUUUCUCUAAGAACUGGUUGUCUAACAACAAGCUCGCAAAAGUCAUAUGUUUCGUUGUUGAACAAGUAUCUGUAUACCGUUAAUAUUGUUCCGCUUUCCAAGCAGGAGCUUACUUAUAUAGUUAGCGAAAAUUAUUCUAACUUAAAGGAUAUAGCAUCCCGAAUGGUGAAUAUGUAUUUAAAUUUUGUUAAUGAAAAUUUCACCACGGAGUUUUUGAAUUCUUCUUCGAACAUUCGUCGGUCAAACACAGAAAGACUAGUUUCAACAAGGGAUUUUAUAAAAUUAUGCCAAAGAUGUGAACCGACGUUUUCUAAGACCAGCACCGAAUGCGCAUUUUUUAUAUUUCAAAAUGCUGUAGAUUUAUUUUGUUCAUAUUUGCAACAUGGACCGGAGAAAGUGAAACUGAUCAUAAGUGUCGGUUCUAAUUUAGGAAUCAAUCCUUCUCGAUGUGAACAUUACGCGAAUGAAUAUAAGCCUGAUGUUGAUUUAAAUGAUUUAUGUAUCAAAAUCGGAAGAGUUUCAUUAAAUAAAGCAAAACUACGUUCAAAACGUGAUAUGAAUGAAGAAAUGGUUAACAAAAAACGGUUAAAAUUAGGUGAAAAUACAGAAAAAGAAAUUUCUGUGCAAAUAACGAAAAAAGCAAAUAAACAAUCGGACGUAUUUGCAUUUACCAGAAUAAGUGUUUGCCUUCUAGAAAAAGUUGCCGUUUGCAUAAAUCAAAAUGAGCCCGUCCUUUUAGUUGGCGAGACAGGUGUAGGAAAAACCAGUUGCAUUCACUAUCUUGCUAAGCAAACAAAUCAUGAUUUAGUAGUUAUAAAUAUGAAUAAUCAAUCAGAUGUUUCUGAUUUAAUGGGCGGUUUUCGUCCAGUCGAUUUGAGUUAUGUAAUGAUGCCGCUUAGAAUGGAGUUUGAAAAUUUAUUUCGAAAAACAUUCAAUGAAAUAAAAAAUGAAAAGUUUCUAUCAAACAUUAGUAUAUGUUAUAAUCAAGGGAAUUUUGACAUAAUUAUAAAACUUAUUCUAAAAAUAACAGAAUCCGUGUUUGAAAAAGCGAAAAUAAAUCAAAAUAAUAUUGCACGAAAAAGUUUAGGAGAAUGGACUGUACUUCGGAAGAAAGUCCUAAGAUUAAAUUCUCAACUAAAAAAAUCUGCAAAUAUUUCAUUUGCUUUUAUUCCAGGAGCGCUGGUUACAUGUAUUCAAAACGGCGACUGGAUCUUAUUAGAUGAAAUAAAUUUAGCAACUUCAGAGACUCUGGAAUGUUUAUCAACGAUAUUAGAACCAAACGGUUCUAUAAUUCUCUUGGAACGUGGUGAUUUUUCGCCCUUGGAAAGACAUCCGAAUUUUAGAAUUUUUGCUUGUAUGAAUCCCAGCACAGAUAUAGGAAAAAAAGAUCUUCCCACUGGGAUUAGAAAUAGAUUUACUGAAUUUUAUGUAGACGAAUUGGUUACUGAUUACGAUUUGACUCUACUUGUUGACGAUUAUUUGUUAGAUACUGGAAUUAAAAAAGCAAAAAUUUCGAAUAUUGUAAAAUUAUACAAAAAACUUAGAGGAUUGUCUCAAUUGGAACUGAAUGAUGGACUUGGGAAUCGACCCGUAUACUCCUUGCGAAAUUUAUGUAGAGCACUAAAAAUUUGCUCCAAAAACUUAUGUGGCUCGAUUGAAAGAAAUUUAUACGAAAGUUUUUGCUUAAGUUUUUUAACCCAGUUAGAUAUUACUUCACAUAAAGUUGUGUUAAGUCUGAUAAGAGAAUACAUGCUUGAAAAGCAUGCUAAUGCGGUGCUAUCUCAAAGUAUACCUAAGCCCGGUGAAAAUUUUUUGAAUUUUGGAGGAUAUUGGAUAGAAAAAGGCAAAAAAUCUAUACUGGAAUGUGAAUAUUACAUUUUAACCGAAAGUGUGGAACAGAAUUUGAAAGAUCUUGCUAGAAUUAUAUCUAUCGGUAAACUUCCGAUUCUGUUACAAGGACCAACAAGCGCAGGAAAAACUAGUCUUAUCGAAUAUAUUGCUAAAAAAAGUGGAAAUGUAUGUUUGAGAGUAAAUAAUCAUGAGCACACUGAUUUGCAAGAGUACAUAGGGACAUAUGUAUCUGAUAAAAACGGGAAAUUGUCCUUUAAAGAAGGGGUACUGGUUCAAGCAAUGCGAAACGGAUUUUGGAUAAUAUUAGAUGAAUUAAAUUUAGCUUCAUCUGAUAUUCUCGAAGCUCUGAAUAGAGUCUUAGAUGAUAAUAGAGAACUUUUUAUACCAGAAACGCAAACUAUAGUUAAGGCUCAUAAAAACUUUAUGUUAUUUGCAACUCAAAAUCCUCCAGGUUUAUAUGGUGGUCGAAAAACUUUGUCACGCGCAUUUAAAAACCGUUUCGUUGAACUGCAUUUUUCUGAUAUACCUUCAAAUGAAUUAGAAUUAAUUUUAGAAAAACGAUGCUUUAUACCUAAAUCAUACUCCAAAAAAAUGGUAAAAUGUAUGAACGAAUUGCAAGCAAAUAGAAAAACCACUACCUCCAAGAACAAUUUUACUUUACGAGAUCUAUUUCGCUGGGGAAAUCGCUAUACAUAUGCUAAUAAAAAAUUGCUUAAUGAUAAUUCAUACGAUUGGAAUCAACAUUUAGUGGACGAAGGUUACCUUGUAUUGUCUGGUAAAGUACGAAGUGAUAUUGAGGAACAGAUCAUAUGUGACGCGCUAAAAAAUAAUUUCAAAAAACUUGUAGAACCUAAAAAAUUAUUCGACUUAAAUAAUAAUACUUCAAUGGCUACAAAAGCGAUUCUUCAAAGUUUGAAUGACUUUAAAAUGAGAAAUGAUAUUGUUUGGACAAAUAAUAUGAAGCGAAUGGCAGUUCUAUCUGCAAAAUCACUUGAAUUCAACGAACCUGUUUUAUUAAUUGGAGUAACAGGAUCAGGAAAAACCACUAUUUGUCAAAUAUUGGCAGCCAUCGCAAAUUCAAAUUUAAGAAUCUUAAACUGUCAUAUGCAUACUGAAGGCGCUGAUUUCCUAGGUGGGCUCAGACCGCAUCAAGAAGAAAAUGUGCAUGCCGAAACGAAAGAAAAACAAUUAUUUGAAUGGAUUGAUGGUCCUUUAGUUGAGUCAAUGCAAGAUGGUAGUUAUUUUAUGGCAGAUGAAAUUUCAUUAGCGGAAGAUUCUGUGUUAGAAAGAUUAAAUUCUGUUUUAGAACCAGAAAGAUCAUUGUUGCUAGCUGAAAAAGGUGUUACUGAAAGUAAUAUUGAAAGCGAAAUAAGUGAAACAAAGUCAGAUGAAUUUACUAUAAAAGCGAAAGAUAAUUUUAAAUUUUUAGCUACCAUGAAUCCUGGAGGCGAUUUUGGGAAGAAAGAAUUGUCGCCAGCUUUAAGAAAUCGUUUCACAGAAAUUUGGUGUAAACCGUCGACUGAACUCAAAGACCUUGAGCAGAUAAUAACAAACACGUUCAAUUUAUCUAAAAGAAGUACUUCUAAAAUUCAUGAGCAAAUUGCUAAAAUAUUAGUGAAAGUAGUGUUUUAUUUAAAAGAAAAAGUUACUAAAUUCAAAUUUUCAGUACGCGAUAUAAUAGCGUGGGCUGUGUACAUACUGAAAAAUUCGAAAAAUGACCAACUGGAAAAAAUUAUAUAUGACCGAGCAGAAAUAUUAGUAUUUGGUUUAGAGAUAAUAUUUUUGGACUCAUUAGAAAUGCUAGGUCAAGAUUCAUUGGAACAUAUAGAUGAGAUGAGGGAAUCAGCCAUUAAUUUUCUUAUUAGAGAAAUUGAUAGCAAUUUUAAUUUAAAUCGAUUGAAAAAAAAUAUUCGUGGAAAAUUUAUCGAAUUUAAUGAAAACAUUUUUGGAAUAAAUCCAUUUUAUAUAAAUGCUUGUAAAAAUUCAGUGAGUAAGCAAAAUAAGUUUUUCUUUGAAGCUCCCACGACAUUUAAUAAUUUAUUUCGUUUGCUGUCUGCAUUAAGUUUGGAAAAAGCAAUUUUAUUAGAAGGGCCUCCUGGAGUUGGGAAAACUUCGCUAAUAGAAAAUUUAGCAAAAUAUAUUGGAUACAAAAUUGUUAGAAUAAAUUUGUGUGAGCACACCGAUUUAGCAGAUCUUUUCGGAACAGACCUACCUGUCGAAGAAAAUUUAUUUUGCUUUAGUUCCGAUGAACUGAACGAAAAGCAUUUAACACACAAAUAUCAACCAGGAGCCUUUAAAUGGCAUAAUGGACCCCUUUUAUCUGCUUUGUUAGAUAAAAAUGUUUGGAUCUUAUUGGAUGAAUUAAAUUUGGCACCUCAGAGUGUUCUGGAAGGUCUUAAUGCCAUUUUAGAUCACAGAGGCGAAGUUUUUAUUCCUGAACUAAAUAAAACUUUUAAAAUAGGACAAGGAACUAAAAUAUUUGCGUGUCAAAAUCCAUUGAGACAGGGCGGUGGCAGAAAAGGCUUGCCACAAUCAUUUUUAAAUCGUUUUACAAAAGUUUAUUUAAGGAAACUAACUAUGGAAGAUCUUCUUCAUGUAAUAAACAAUAAAUACAAAGAAAAUUUUUACGAAAUCUUAAAUCAUUUUGAAAAAUACUUAAAUUCUUCUAGUAGUAAUGUCAUAAAUAUCUUCGAUGUAUUGCAAUUAGAAGAUAUCAAACAUAAAGAGCUUCAGGGUUUGCUUUCAAAUCACUCGAAGUUUGAAUUUGAUUUGGCUGAUAGGAUGGUCCGAUUUUCUGAAAAACUUGCCAAAGGUGUUACAGAAUUUGAGUUUGGAUUUCAAGGUGGCCCAUACGAAAUUAAUUUGAGAGAUAUUUUGCGCUGGUGCGAAUCAUUAUUUGAUAAAAACACUGGUUUUAUUAUACCAAAGGAAAGAUAUUUUGGUUCUCUAAAGAAUUUUUUAUUAGAUCUCAAAGAUUUUAUUCUUGUCCUUUAUGAAAGAAUGAAACUUAUCUACUGCCAAAGAAUGAGAUCAGAUAAGGACCGUACUUUCAUUUAUAAUGCAUUUUCAACGGAAUUUAAUUGUGAUGUUGAAAAAUUGAAUAAAGUAUCGGAAGAUAUAAGUUUUUACUUUACUGAAAAUGCAGUUUACCUAAAUGAUAUUAUUAUAAAACGAGACAUUGUAGAUUAUUUGGAUAAUAGCGAUCAACAUCAAAAAACUGGGAAAGAAUAUCCGUUAAUUUUAAGUCAACAAAAAGAACUAUUAAAAAAUUUAGCAGAAUGUGUACAUCUCGAAAAACCUGUUUUACUUUGCGGUCCUGUUGAUUCAGGCAAAACAAAAGUUAUAAAUUUACUUAGUGAUAUUUCAAAUAUACCUUGCGCUUUUGACAAUAUUGAUGAUUCGGUUACUGGCAGUUUCCAACAAGUUGAUUUCAACAGACAUUUUGAAGAGAUAUCGUCUCAGAUCGGAGGAAAACUAAUAAAAUUUAUUCAGAAUGAAUUUAUCAAAGAAAAACUUUACAAGAACAAAAAAUGCCUGUUAAAUGCGUGCAGAUUUUUAAAAACUUGGAAUUCUUACACAAAAUUGGAUUCAGUUGGUAAUAUUGAACCUAUACAAGCUGUAGAAGAUACUAUUUUAAUUUUUAUAAAACGUAUCGAAAGUUUAAAAGCAGUCAUUGAAUAUUUGAAGGAAUCUACGUCGGAAGAAGAAUUUAAUGCCUGUGUAACACCAAAAUGGGCACAGUUAUACCUGUUUUUAUUAAAUAAACUUAAAAACAUUAUUGAAAAAUCAGGCACAUUAAAUAGCGGAGGAUAUUUUGAAUGGAUUGAUUCAAAAAUUGUGAAAUGUUUAAAAAGCGGAGGUUAUAUAUGUCUUGAGCAUUCAAAUUUGUGUUCCUCGGCUGUUUUGGAUCGCUUAAAUUCUGUUUUAGAACCUGAAGGUCAACUUUUGAUUUCAGAAAAGGGAAUUGCUGUUGGCUGUACGGCGGAAGUAGUUGACAAACAUAAAAAUUUUAGGGUCUUUUUAACCUUAGAUCCCAAAAACGGUGAAUUAUCACGAGCUAUGCGGAAUCGCUGCGUUGAAGUCGCUUUAAAUAAGAAUUACACAGAUAACGAUUUAAAAAAAAUAAUUUUUUCAAAUGGAAUAAUAAAAUCAAAUAAUAUCGAUGCCAUUUUGCAUUUGUAUACAAGAGUGAAAAAUUUAACAGAUUUGAAUAAUUUUAACGUAUCACAUUUGACACAAUUAACAUUUUUAAUACAUGCUUAUAAUACAAUAGGUUUUGAUGAUUUUACAUCAAUAUAUUUAGCUGGAAUGGACAUAUUUGUCUAUUCAUCAAAUAUUGAUCUAAUGGGCUAUGGUUUAGACUUCUAUAAAAAUCAACUGAAAGACAUUAUUUGCGAAGCAAGUGAUAUGAUUAGGAACAAAAGAGAUAACAAUAUUAAUUUAAAAAAUACAAUUCUUACGUCGAAAAAUUUAAACUGCUUGUCUUUAGUUAAAUUGCAACUGGAACCUUUAACAAUAUUAUUGAACAAUUACGAAAAUUAUGAAAAUGCAAUAGCUGAUAUAAAAUUUUUGUUUAAUGAAUAUGGAUUAGAUGAAUUCGCAAAUGACGAAUUAUUAUUAAAAUUUUAUAUUUUUGUUAUAUAUCAAACCAGUAAGCAAGCUGAUAUUAAAUAUCGUUAUUAUGUUAUAGAGAAACUAUUGAAUAAGUCCGCAAAAAUAUUGCCGGUUGAUUUAACAGAAAAAUUGUUGAAACUCAACGAAAAUUUAUUGAUAACGUUUAGAAAUGAAAUCUUAAAAUACGAAGGUAAAAACAUAAUAUCAACAGAUUUACCAUGGAAUAUGAAAAUAUUUCCACGUAUAAGGACAUAUAGAGAGCUUACCGAUGUUUAUAUAAAACAAGAAUUUGAAAGCAAGUUGACUGCACAUCUUAUGUAUGAAACUUUAGUUGCUCCAUUACCAAACAAGGAAAGUUUAAACUUAAAAAAGGAAAAAAUAACGGCUUAUAAUUAUUCGUAUAGUGUUAAUAUGAAGUUAAUAAUUGAUAAAACCAAUAAUGAAUUUUUAAAAAAUUUGUACGUUUUUAUAAAAGAAUUAAGAAUUUUUUUUAAAAAUGUGGCAGAAAAUAUUGAUAACGAUAUUGCAAACUUUGUUAAUAUUACACUAAAUUUGUUAUGGCUUACAAGAUAUCAGCAAAUAGCUGAUAAAGCUUUAUUUGAAAAAAAUGGCGAGCCUAAUCAAUUAUUACUUAAUCAACUUUAUUUGCACUUUAAGUGGAUUGACAAAGUUGUAAUGAAACCAAUUCAAAUAGCGUUCAAAAACACACUUUGCGAUAUUUGUGAGGUGUAUAACGUUCUGGCAGAUCAUCUUAAGAAAUCAAUUUCUGAUUUGAAUAUAUUAAAAAAAUAUUAUGUCAAACUAAUGACCAAUUUUAGGGCUUCAGAAACUCUAACAAAAUUACAAUAUGAUGAAGUGUGCUUUAAAUUUGAUCAUCUUAUAAGUUUAAUACCAUUCUAUGGAAAAUUUGACGCUAAUACGAUACUAAAAAAGUUUAAUAUAAUAACUUACGAAGAAUCAAAAAAAAUAAAAUCUUUGCUGCUAUACAACAAUUGUAAUGAAUUGAUGAAUGACAUUCGAAAAGAAUCUGAUGAUUUUGAUGAUGAAAAACAAAUUGUUUCCAAAAAUGAAAGUAAAAUACAAAAAAUUUUACAGGAAUUUAAGAAGAAUCAGCUGCAUUUCAAUAGCUUUAGUAAAGAAAUUGAUUUUGAUAUCGCAAAUACAUCAAUAGAACACAUAAAUGCAAUAAUUUCAGAUGAUAGCUACGAUGUCAAUGACAUAAAGUUAAAUAUGUUUGAUAUUGAAAUGUUACCGUUAAAAGAGUAUUUCUUAAACAACCUUUUUGCAUAUAUAGAUUCUGAUGUCCUAAAUAAGACAUAUACCGAAUCAAUAUUUUCUUUGAAGAUAUGUGAUAUGAAUUUUUUUCAAAUUCUAAGUACAAGUGAAUAUAGAAAUUUUAGCAAAAUGUGGUCAAAUAUAUUUAGUUGCAUUAAUGAGAAUGAAGAUUUAAUUACAUUUCUUAAUUGCAAUAGAGAAUUGCUAAAAGUAUCAGAUUACCGAAAAUAUUCAACUUUUGAUCAAAAAAUUCAAAACUUUAUUAAGUGUUUUAAAUUGUCGAAUUUAAAAUUAAAAUUUAAUUGUUGUUUCGAGCCCAUAAACACCCUAGAAAUUAGUUGUGAUAUAAACUACAACGGUCCAUAUUUAGUAAAUAUUUUAAAUAAAUCACUAUUGUCCAUUGAUGGGGAUUUGCGGCAAAUUUCAGUAAAAGAGCUACCAAGAUGGCAGAAUCAAUUAAAUCAAAUUUGUGAACUUUUGUGGUUCAACUCGAAGUUAACCGAUAAUAUUCAUAAUAUCAUAUACAACUUUCAAUCUGCGUUAAUUUAUAGUAAAAAACUUCUGUUGGAAGUUGAGUUUGUUUUUAAUGAAAUAAAAUCAAAUAUUUUAAAUGCAUCCUUAAAUCAAAACUAUGAGGCAUUUAACAAUGUAGUUAAAAAACUUAAGAAUAAUAUUGAAACUUGUGUAAAAAUUAAUAUCAACUUUAAUUGUGAAUACUCAUACAAGGAACUUCUGAAUUUGGAACAGAAAACAGCUAUAAUGUAUUCUUUAAUCGGUUCAAUACAAUUACAUUUGUUAACAUAUUUACCGCUUGUGGACCCAAUUGAAAAGAGUUUUUUAAAAAAACGAUAUUUAGAUGAGGAUAUAAAUCAUUUACAUAGUUUAUCUAACGCAUAUAAUAUUAUGUCAAAAGUGAUGGAUUACAAAGGUUUGGCUGAAGAAUAUCGUUUAAAAAUAAAUGAAAGAUUAGAAGAAUUAAUCAGGAAAAAACAAAAAUAUUUGAAUAAAAACUUAGAAAAACGUCCAGAAUCACAUCUAUAUAACAAAAUGGUGCAAGACAUUACUCAUUAUCUUAAUGUUAAUGGUAAUCUAAAUCAACUCAUCUCAAUUGUUUCAAAAGCAGAUAAAUGCUUUAAUUAUGAAAAUGACAAAAUUGAUUUACAAAAGGAAAUAAGUGAAUGCAUUAAAGUCUUAAAAGUAUGGACAUUAAAUUCACAGCAAUUCCUGCUUCAAAUUUCAAAGAGUUAUCCGUCUUAUCGGGAUGAUUUGUUAUAUCCACUAGAAUGUGCAAUUAAUAUUAUUCGUUUUAGCUUUGGAAAUUUACAAAAAAACCUGUUACAACUAAGAAAUUCAAUCAUGUUUGAAAUAGAAAACCCUGAUUUAACGAAAGAAGAUUUAUGCGAAACAUUAGAGUUUCUUACCGAAUAUCCACAUCAGCAAUUACUUUCGGAAAACUUACAAGAUAAUUUACUUAACAUACUCAAAAAAAUUAGUCCUCAUGAAUAUGAAACCUUGUAUAUUAGAGUUUUAAAAUUUAAAAUUGCGGGAAUAUAUAACGCAAUAAGUACUUCAUUAGAAGUAGAUGCAAAAUCAUUUUCUGACUUUUCUGAUUCUCUUAAGUUAAUUAAUGAAGUAUGGAAAAGUCAGGAAGAUUCAAAAAGAAAACAACAAAUUGAAGAAGAAAGUUUGUAUGUAAUAAAGACUAAAUGUGAAAAUGAAAAUGAAGAAGAAGAAGACCUUAAGUCAAUGCAGGAAUUAUUCCCAGUGACAGUAAAUGAAGAUUUUUCUGAAUUCGUAGAAAUUAACCCUUUUGAGAAUAACAUUAAUAAAACUCAAACAAAUACCAAAAAUGUAACUCAAAUCGAUUUCAGCUUUGCUGUAAAGAUCUUUAUGAAUUUAGUUACCAUGCGGACCGAAUCUGGUAAUUUAACAUCCAAAAAUAAUUUCAUUCAAAAACAAAUAUAUAUCGAUGACUUUAAUGACAAAUUAAAAUUGUUUCAAAUCAUAUUUGAUGUUUAUAAGCCAAGUUUAAGUGAUACUUUCGAUUCUAAACUUUUAAACAUAUUCUGUUUAAUAAUUAAACAACAUCGCGAUCGAAUUAACAAUGAACCUUUAAAAAGAUCUGAUAAAGAAACAGUUUUUAAUAUUUAUAAGGACUCAAAUAUACCAGAAACAGCUUCUUGUGUUCCAUUACUAGGCGAAAUAAUCGAGCGUGUUAACAAACAACUCGAUUUAUAUCCAGAGCAUGCAACUCUAAUUGAUAUACUGAAAAUAACUAAGAGAAUUAGUCAUUUUUCGAUUGUGUCUCCCAUAGUAAGAUUUAACACUGGUUUCCAAUUAUUACGACAAAAAAUAUCUCAAUGGAAUGAAGUUGCCCAUAAAAAUAAUCAUAUGCAAGACUUAGAAAUUCGUGUUGCUGAGUUUAUACAACACUGGACCAAAUUAGAGUUGCGAUUUUGGAGGAAUUGUUUAACCGACGUAAGGGAAAAAAUUGAAAUAUCAAGCUAUAACUAUUGGUUUUUUAUAUAUAACUCAAUCGAUGAGUUUUUAACAACUGUCAAGGAAUAUGCAGAAGAUCAGUGUUUAGAAAAAAAGGACGAAACAAAUUUGAAUAACAUGAUGAAAGUUUUUAAACAAUUUAUUGAGUCAUCAAAUUAUGGAGAUUUUUCAAUAAGGCUAAUGUUAUUGAAAUCAUUUGAACUUUAUUUGAACUUCACGAUUCAAUACAAAAACGAAUGCAACAUAGAAAAAGGCAAACUUAUAUCGUUAAUAUAUAACAUUCAUUUAUACUAUGAGCAAUUUUCUAACGAAAUAGAUGUGUAUAAAAAGAACUUAUUUACGACAGUUAAAAAAAAAUUGGAAGAAAUUGUUAAAAUCGAGUCAUAUAACAAGGAUUUAUCGUAUUUUAGUAUGAAAAAUAAUAUUGCCAAAGUGCACAGAAAUUUGAACAAACUUGUUAAAGAAUAUGAGCAUGGGCUAAAAGAAUCAAUUACAAAUGUAUUUAACUAUAAAGAAGAAAAUAUGUCUGAUUUGAGCACAAAUAAUGAUAAGGGCGGGAAAUGCUUACGAAAUGAUCCAAAAAUAAAGUAUUAUAUGAUUGAUGUUAAGCAUUUUAUAUCCUCUCAAACUUCUAAAAAUAUCAAAUACGAUAAUAAUGAUGAAACGCUUUCAAACUCGUCAUCAGUUAUUCUAAAUAGAUUUGAAAAAUUAUUUUUAACGUCAAGAAAUGUGGUCAAAGAAUUAAUAUUAAAAAUAAAUUAUCCAAAUUUAACUAGUAACUUAGAAGGACUUCUUUCAAAUUAUUUUGAAACAUAUGAAUAUUUACGUAACUUGAAUGUGGAUCGAAGUCAAGAAAAAAGUAAACAAAUAAUCCAAAACAAACAUUUUUUACAACAGAAAAGGAAAACGCUUUCCGAUGUAUUUAAAACUCUCACUAUUUUAGGCUUAAAUUACAGAUCUGGUCUUACAGAAAUAUCAAUUAAAUCAGAUCUAACCAAUAUGAAGAUUAAACCGUUUUCAAUCGAUAAUUUAUUGUUAAAUUUAUCUAAAUCUAAAACUUUGAAUCAAAAUUUCACUUAUCUAAAUGAUAAUUUAAAUUUGUACUAUGCAAAAUGUGCGUAUAAAAUGAAUAUUUUACAAAAAAAUUUGCAAAAUCCGAAUCCAGAUUUAGGACCGUCAAAUAUUGACAGAAUUAAAGGCUUUUCAGUUGAUAUGCUUUCGUUUGUUCAAAAUCAGAGAAAAUUGUUAAGUUCUUCUGUUAAUGUAUUCUGUCAAUUAAAGAAGAGUAUUAAUAAUUUAAAUUUAUUGGUUUAUUGUUGUCAAUAUAACAAUUAUGAUGAACUCAAAAUGAACUUUUUGGAACUGGAGAGUAAUUUAUUAAAUUUAAAAGAAUUUUUCAGAAAAAUAUAUAUUUUUAUUGGUGAAUUUAAAGAUUUACUGGAAACUAUUCCAUCAGAUGCGAAUAAACUGACCAUGGUUUUUGAAAAUCAAGAAGUUUUAAUUCAAAAAUCAGAAAAAUAUGAAAAUAUUUUAAAUUAUAGCGAAAAGAUAUUGCAAAUAACCAAAGUAUCUAUUGCUAAAUUGAAAAAUUUGUCUACUGUAGAACCAUUAAAUUAUGAAACUAUUAAAGAACUUUUAGAAAAUAAAAAAAAAUGUCUUAAACAUAUAUUAGAUUUACAAUCCGAAUUUAAUAAAGACUACAAUUAUGCACCGAUUAAGAUUUCUCUUGAUAAAUUGCAAAAUAGUAUACUUGAAUUGGAUAAUAGGAAUAAGGUAAUAACUCAAUCAACGCUUGAAAUUGACGUAAGUGUAAUUAGCACUGAACUCGAUAAUAUUCUUCACAUAUCAUUGAUGGCUAUACAAAAUCUAUUUAAAAAAUAUAAUCUUGAAGAUAAUUUCGAAGAACUAAACAAAGAAAAAAUGAAUGUUAUUGGAGAAUCAGAAAUAUAUAAAAACCAUUUAAAAGAAAAAUUAUUCAAGGAAAUGGUAGUUGAUUUUAAAGAAUUCAACAUGAAAAAUAUUUGCUCAAAAAUUGAAAAUGUGUUUAUUGCAGUUAAGCAUUUAAAUUAUAAAACAGAAAUUAUAAAAAAGAUUUCUUCGUUAAUUCCAAUUUUGGAUCAAUACCUUUUACUUGGCUGUUAUUAUAUUUUCCAGCAAUUAGGUGCACAUAAAGUAUCAACAAAAAUGUUGUAUGUAAUGCUCUCUGCCUUUAUAGAGCUAAGUUCAAAAGGUUUUUGUUCUCCACCGGAUUUAAUACAAGACGAAGAGGGCAAACAACAACAAAACCAAAAAAGUGAAGGAGGAGGAUUUUCCGAAGAAAAUACUACUGGUAAUGAAAAAGAUGUUUCAGAUAAAAUUGAAAACGAAGAUCAAUUAGAGGAUGCACGAAGACCAGAAGAUAGACAGAACGAAAAGAAUGAGAAUGAUAAAAAUUGUGAGGAAGAAAAAGGAAUCGAGAUGAGCGAUAAUUUCGAUGCAGAUUUACAAGAUGUCGAUAAAGACCAGGAAGAGGAUGAAGUUUCUGAAGAAAAUGAUGAUGAUAAUGAUUUUGAAAAAGAAAUGGGAAACACUGAAAAAGGAGCUGACAAGCUAGAUGAACAAAUUUGGGGUUCAGAUAAUGAAGAAAAAAAUGAAGAUGAUGGUGAAGUGAGUGACGAUGAAUCUGUCAAAGGUCGUAAAAACGAAAAUGAUGGACAUAAUGAUCUUGAAGCACCUAAAGAAGAACCUAAGGGUGACAAUGAAUCUGGGAAAAAUGAAGAACAAUUAGAUUCUGUAAGUGAGGACAAAGAUUCGGAGGAAAAGAAACAAAAAGCUAAGGAUAUUGAUAAUAUGCUAGAACCCGAAUUAGAUAUUGAACAAACAAACCCAUACCAUAACAAUCUUGAAGAACCGCCAGAAGCCGAAGAAAUGGAAUUAGACGACAAUGUGAAUUUAGAUGAAGGAAAUGAUAAAGACAAAGAGCAAUCUAAUAAUUUAGAAAAUCCGUUUGAUAUUGAUAAAAUGAAGGAAACGAUGGAAUCGACUGAACAACAGGAGGAACUCAAUGAUGAUGAAAAAAAUGAAGACAAUAUGUCAAACACUCCUGAUGAUGAAUCUGACGAGGAAAAUUUUGAGAAUUUAAAACACAGUGAAGAUAAUGAAGAAAAAGGCAAUAGCAAUAAUAACGAAGAAGAUGCAGCCGAUAGUGACGUAAGUUUAGAAAAUGAUGUAAAUAAAAAAGAUAAUGAAAUUCAAGACGAUAAUAAUGAAGAGCAACGAAAUUCAGACGAACUAUAUGAGGAAUCACGAGAUAAUGCAAGUAAAGAAAAUAAUUUACAAACAAAUGAUACCGAAGAAUACAAAAAUUCGAAUGAUCAAGUUCAAAGUUCUGAAGACAUAAAUAUUGAACAAAAUCAAAAACUCGACGAACAGGAAACUGGCGAAGAAGGUAAAGGUGUCGGACAAGCAAACGAUGACAAAUCCGAAAAAGGCCAUCAGAGUAUUACCGAAACUAAAGAGGUUAAUUCAAUUGAAAAAAAUGUUAAUAAAAAUGAAUCGAAAACCAAAAAUAAACUCCAAGACGCCAAUGAAAAUAGAACAUUAGGAGAACGUGAUGAAAACACAAUUAAGAAUUUAAAAACAAUUGAAAAAAACAAAGACGAAAAUGAGAAAGAAAUUAACGAAAAAUCUAACUUAGAAGAAGGAGCUAAUAGUGAUGAAUUUCAACACAUUAAAGAGCCGGAUCGGACCACGAUUACAGCAAUCGAUAAUGCAACUGAAGAACAGUCAAAGAAGAUUCAACAUUUAAGCGACACAGAAGAAAAUGAAGAAGAAAUUGAUGACCUAACUAAUAAGGAUAAUAUUGAAGAAAAUUUGGACGAAGAUGACUCGUUAGAGCAGGAAAUAUUAGAAAUAAAUUCAGAAAAGACAACUCAGGAGACACAAAAAUCUAAAUCUAAGGAUAUAAAAGAACAAAGUCAGCAUGAAAUAUGUGAAGAAAAAAUGGAAAUUGAAGGCGAAAAUAUAGAUACCAUAUAUGUAACACGCGGCUCUGAUACUACAUCACAUUUCGCAAAUGAAAAUGCAAGCAUAAAAGGUGUACAAGAGGAGGAUGAUACUGAGACACUUCAAAUGAGGAAAAUGUAUUAUGAAAAGUUAGAAAAUGUUCAAAAGAAAAUUCCUCAAACAAAAGAUUUCGAAAUAUGGGAAUCGAUUUCAUCUUUAAUGGUUUCAAAUGCAAGAGAUUUAUGUGAGCAAUUGCGCCUUAUAUUAGAACCAACUAAAUGUACAAAGUUAAAAGGCGAUUACAAAACUGGUCGUCGUAUUAACAUGAAGAAAAUUAUACCAUAUAUUGCGUCACAAUUUCGAAAAGAUAAGAUAUGGUUGCGCCGCACGAAACCUUCUCAAAGGGAUUAUAAAAUUACAAUUGCUAUAGACGAUUCAAAGUCAAUGCAUCAUAAUAAUUCAAAAGAAAUAACAUUGAAAGCUAUAUCCUUAGUAUCGCAAGCUUUAACAUUAUUAGAAAGUGGUAAAUUAAAUAUAUUAUCAUUCGGUGAAUCUCCACAAAUCAUUUUAAAUCAUUCUGAACAAUUUGACGGGCCGAAAUUGGUAAAAUCUUUGAGUUUCGAUCAAAACCAAAGUAAAAUUGCUGAAUUACUUGAUUUCAUUCGAACUCUUAAUAUUGAGGAGGGUAAUUCUAGUACUGACAAUAGACUUUUUGAAAACUUAUUACUAAUAUUAAGUGAUGGCAGAAAUAUUUUUAGCGAAGGUGAACAAAAAGUAAAAAAUUCUGUAAAACUAGCAAAAUUGCAAAGGAUAUUUAUUGUGUAUAUAAUUAUUGACAAUCCUGAAAAUAAGCAUUCUAUUUUAGAUAUAAGAGUUCCUAAUUUUUCAACAGAUAAAAAAUUGUCUAUGAAGGCAUAUUUGGAUACAUUUCCAUUUCCUUAUUAUGUUAUCGUCAGAGAUUUAGAUCAGUUACCGUUGGUUUUAAGUGAAGCUAUGAGGCAAUGGUUUGAGCUAGUUAACAGCGAACAGUAAAAUAUUUUGUAUAAUACAUUUUUAAGAUUUAUUAUUACUUCUUAUUGUGAUUAAAGAAUAUACUUUCAGUUAAAUGCAUUACGUUGAGUUUAUUUAAAAAUUUUUAAAUAAAAUAAGUAUAUCAAAAAAUAUACGUUUUUAAUUUUAAUUUCUCUGAAUAAAAUAUUUCAA